AUGCCAUCUGAGGUGUGGAACACGCGGCAACAGGACGUGGACCUGGACGUCUUCUCGCAGAUGAACAACAACGACGUCAACUACUACCUGCCGCGUAUCAGCCAGCAAGUGCAGCACGACGCCAUUCUGCGACGCAACAACGCCGUCAUGGAGUCGCACGCCCGUCUCGAGGAAUGCUGUGAGGAGUAUAGGCAGCUCGAGAAGGAGCGUAAACAGACAGAAGCCGAACUUGCUAGGCACAAUCUUGGAAAGAAGAUCAGCUCAUCCAAUGGUCUACCAAUUCCACGUCUGCCGACGGCUCCAUCUCGUGUUGAUAGGUUGAUCGUUGACUUCUUUCGGGAGCACGCUCGAAUCACCACACUGCUCUCCAAAAUGGAGCAGCUGCGCUCGGCUCCGCUACCGAGCCCAGUUCACCAGGCACUCAAAGAGCUCCUCGAAGCUGUGACCGUUCUGCAACACUGCCGACAUCACGAACGCACUGCCAUAUUGCAACAGCUUCGUGGCGAAACCGUCAGAUAUGAUGAGGAGAAAGAGACUGCCAGUCUAACGCAGGCGCUGAUCGCCGUUCGACGAGCAGCAUGUCGUGCACGAGCGGUGAACUGGUGUUCGCUGAUCUGGACACUUGGACCGGAAGACGUGGUGCAGAAAUCGCAAGUGGAACGCCUUGUUGCCGCCGACUUCUCCAUCGGUCCACCACCAAUCCGCCCACGUCCACUGAAAAACUGA